AGACACUCGUAUUCAGAAAAUCCGACACGUACGAAUAAAAUAAACUCUAAAUAUAAGACUAAUAAGCAGAAUAACAUAAACCCAUAAACAGAUAACAUAGAAUAGAUGAAGAUCCACUUGUGAUGGAAUCGGCCGCUGUGAACUUUAGAUUCUCCUGCACAAGCUGGAAACUCUGAAGUGAAAAAUACCUGUGUAAAAAUAGCCCGCGGGAGCGCGUCUGCUCGCCGUGUCUGAUGGUCCGGAUCCUCCGUGCUCUGCAGCCGUUAACCGGAGGUGUGUGUGUGUGUAUCGGAUGAGCUGAUGAUGGGUGAAGCGUUCACACACACUCAGCGCUGCGGGAAACAUCUGCGACUGCUGCUCUUCAUCCUGCUGCCGUGUGUGUGUGUCCUCAUCUGUGUGUGUGUGCUGCUGCUGACGCUCACAGGUCUGUUUGGGAAUAAUACCCUGCUAGACACCGGAGCUUCUGUGUCCAUAGCGACGCUCCCUCCGCGGGCCUUUAAUGGCAGCGACUCCCACCUAAUGAUGGCUGAUAAUGGGACUGUGGCGGUCCCGACGGAUGCUCCUUUGCAGUGGGACUCGGCUCUCUGGAUGCCUCGCGCUGACACAUCUCCAUCUGCAGGUCCCACCGCUGUUUCUGUGGACUGGUGGACAUCUACGUCCACAUCCACUGUGACUAGUCUGACUGCAGAGCCUGGCGUCUGCUCUGACAUCACGGAGAGCCAGUGUCACAUGCUGCCGUACAACCAGAGCGGUGUGAUGGCGGGCAGCAGCGUGGUGAAGAGCAGCGAAUUGCAGAUGUUCCUCAAGUUCUUCAGCUACCUGAGCCGACUGUCCUGCUACAGACACAUCAUGCUGUUCGGAUGCUCCAUCGCUCUCCCACAAUGCAUCAGCCACAGAGACGGCAGGACUCUGGUUCUGCCGUGUCAGUCGUUCUGUGAAGCGGCUCGCGAAGGUUGUGAGCCGGUGCUGCAGAUGUUCAAUGCCUCCUGGCCAGAGUUCCUACGCUGCUCUCAGUUCAGCAAUAACAGCGGGACAGCAGUGGAGAACACAGCGCUCUGCUACACACCCAAACACGCGCGAGGCAAACUCUCCGUAUGUGGAGGAAACGAUCACUUCCUGUGUGCGACUGGAAUAUGUGUCCCCCAGAAAUUAGUGUGCAACGGAUACAACGACUGUGACGACUGGAGCGACGAGGCUGAUUGCACUUGUGCAGACGGACAGCAUUUGUGUGGCACCGGCCGCUGCAUUAAUUCUGAUCUUCUCUGCGACGGCUAUGACGAUUGUGGUGAUCUGAGCGAUGAGCAAAACUGUGUGUGUGAUCUGCUUGAGGAGCACCGCUGUGGGGACGGACGCUGUAUUCCUCGAGAGUGGCUCUGUGACGGAGAUCACGACUGUCUGGACAAGAGCGACGAACUCAACUGCUCGUGUAAGUCCCAGGGUUUAGUGGAGUGUAAGAACAAGCAGUGUAUUCCCAGUGCCUUUCGCUGUGAUGGUGAAGAUGACUGUAAAGAUGGCAGCGAUGAAGAGAAUUGCACACAGCAGCACAUUCAGGGUUUGUGUCCUUCUGGCCAUUCCAGCUGUUCUUCCUCCUCCUGCUGUCCUGGAAACACAUCAUGUGACCUGCGCACCGCCGGCAACAACUGCAGCGAAUGCGAGCCCAUUUCUCUGGAGAUCUGCAUGAAUCUGCCCUAUAACGCCACCCGCUUUCCCAACUAUCUGGGUCACCAAUCUCAGAAGGAGACAUCCGUCAGCUGGGAGUCCUCCCUCUUUCCUGCCCUCGUUCAGACCAACUGCUACAAAUAUCUCAUGUUUUUUGCGUGUACGGUGUUGGUGCCAAUGUGUGACCCUGUAACACAGCAGAAAGUGCCACCCUGCAGGUCUCUGUGUAGGAAUUCAAAGGACCGCUGUGAGUCUGUGCUUGGAAUUGUGGGAUUGCAGUGGCCUGAAGAUACAGACUGUGCUCAGUUUCCAGAGGAAGGACAUGCUAACAGUUCCUGUUUACUUCCUGAUCCGGAUGUGAAUGAGUGCUCUCCCAGUCACUUUAAGUGUCGCUCUGGAAGAUGCGUCCUCUCCUCCAAACGCUGUGAUGGACACACAGACUGUGAUGACGACAGUGAUGAGGAGAUGUGCGGAUGUUUGCAGCGGGGCUUGUGGGAAUGUCCCGGAGACAAAUCCUGCAUCCCUCACAGCAUGAUCUGUGACGGCUUCCCAGACUGCAGCCAACAUGAGGACGAGAACAACUGCUCGGUGUGCAGCAGUAAUGAGCUGGAGUGUAAUAAUCAUGAGUGUGUUCACCGUGCGCUGUGGUGUGACGGCAGGAGACACUGCUCCGACAGCUCAGACGAGUGGAACUGCGUGUCUCUGUCUGACGAGGGCUCGCUGCUGGUGUAUAAGGCCGGGUUGGAGUAUCACGUGUGUGCGGACGGAUGGAGCUCGAACCACAGCAGCGUCACAUGCACACAGAUGGGUUUAGGUUCUCCUCUCUCCACAGAUGCAAUGCUGGAUGUAUCUCCUGUUGUGAGACGGAAGCGCUGGUUACAUGUUGACCCAGACUGGAGUCCUGAGAACAUGCUUCCUCUACAGGGCCUGCUGGAAAAACGAGGGCAGAGCUGUCAAUCAUACAAGAAGAUCUCGCUGCAGUGUACAAGAGACGAGUGUGGCCGUCGGCCCGCUGCUCGGUUGGUGAAGAGGAUUCUGGGAGGCCGAACGAGCCGUCCGGGCCGCUGGCCGUGGCAGUGCUCUCUGCAGAGUGACCCGAGCGGACACAUCUGCGGCUGCGUCCUCAUCGGGAACAAGUGGGCACUUACUGUAGCUCACUGCUUUGAGGGGCGUGAGAGUGCAGAUGUGUGGAAGGUGGUUCUGGGCAUAAAUAAUCUGGAUCAUCCGUCUCCAUACAUGCAAACGCGUCGAGUCAAGAGCAUCAUUGUUCACUCACGCUACAAUCGAGCAGUGGUGGAUUAUGACAUCAGUGUGCUGGAACUGGAGUCUGAGGUGCUGGUGACCAGUUACGUGCGACCUGUGUGUCUGCCACGCCGCGGUCAGCUGCCAAAACCUGACAAAUACUGCCACAUCACGGGCUGGGGGCAUGUGGGAAACCGCAUGCCGUUUAAGCUCCAGGAGGGAGAGGUGCGGAUCAUCUCUGUGUCUCAGUGUCAGUCCUACUUUGACAUGAAGACCAUUACCUCACGCAUGCUCUGUGCUGGAUACGAGGCCGGAACUAUCGACUCCUGCAUGGGUGACAGUGGCGGUCCUCUUGUCUGCGAGGAGGAUGAUGGACACUGGUCUCUGUACGGUUUGACCUCCUGGGGCUCCGUGUGUUUCUCUAAGGUCCUGGGCCCUGGUGUCUACGCCAAUGUGACGCACUUCACCGAGUGGAUCGAGAGACAGAUUUACCUGCGUACAUUUAACCUGCUGUAGGUAAAAAACACACAGAGACAAACGGAUGGAGACGGACUUGGGACUACACGUCUGUAAACCGCUGCACUGAUCAUUCCAGGCAGACACAGCAGUAUGUGUGUGAGUAUGACAGUGUGUGUAUCUGUGUGCAACUACAUUGUGGUGAUCAUAUAUGGGGACCCCCUCAAGUAUACCAGUAAAACCAGUCAUUUUAAACACUAUGGGGACAUUAUUCUGGUCCCCAUGAGGAAUAUGGUAUGUGUGUGAGUGGGAAUGUGUGUAUGAUUGAGAGAGUGUGUGUGUGUGCACCCAGUAUUAAACACAUUAUGGAGAUCAUAUAUGGGGGACCCCCUCAAAUAUAGUAAUACCAGUCAUUUUUAACCAUAUGGGGACAUUAUUGUGGUCCCCGUAAGGAAAACCAUGUGUGUGUGAGUGGGAAUGUGUGUAUGAUUGAGAGAGUGUGUGUGUUCCCUGUAUUAACUGCAUUAUGGAGAUCAUAUAUGGGGACCCCCUCAAAUAUAGUAAUACUAGUAAUUUUAACCAUAUGGGGACGUUAUUUUGG